ACCGUCUGUUCUGACCUUCCCCCGUACUCCAAAGUCCUUGUCGCCCUACAGCAGCUCUCCUGCGAUUUGGGCACAAUCACCAGGUUUGAUCCGUCUCAUUAUAAGUUCGCCGUCACUUUCAGAGCUAUACGACGGACGGGUUUGCCCAGUCGACAAAAUGAGCAACUAUCCAUAUGCCCCCCCUCCCCCUCCCCCAGCGCCGUCGUCUGCUCCUCCUCCUAGUACCUAUGGUAGACCGCAUCACGGCCACCACCAGGGACCCAGCCGCGGCGAGUAUGGCUCGUCUUACUACCAGCAGCAAGACUACUCCUCCCAGAGAGGCGCGCCAUACAGCGCCCCGCAGCCAGCUGGCUACUGGCAAGGAGCUCCGCCAACUGGCCAUGGCCAUCCCGCUGGCUCCUCGCUGCAGCCCGGCUAUCAUGCCAACUAUCCGCCACAGCCAUUUCACCCACAACCAGGCCAGCCCUAUCAGCCCCCCUACCCAAACCAAUCUUCUCGUCCCACGUAUGGGCCGCCGUUCGGCCAACUGCCGAAUGAAUAUCCCCAGCCCCCUCAGCGUAUGGGAUACGAGCAAGCUUAUCCCGCUGCACACCAGCCCGCCCCUUAUCAGCAGCCGCCCUACGGCUACCCUCCUGCCUCCGCACCGUCAUUCGCAGGAGCUCCCCAGUCGCAGUACGGCUCUAGUUACAAAGGUCAUGGUCGCGGUGGCUUCCCUCACGCUAGCAGAGGAGCCCAUGCACCAGCCGGCGACCGUGGCGACAAGUUUCGCCAUCGUGACCAGAAACCCCAUCACCAGGUGUUCAACAAUCAGAAGUCUGAUCCUGCUGCCGCGAAGAAAAAGAAGCGUAAGACCAACACGCUCGGACUGACCCCUGGGGAUGACGAUUCAGAUGCGGGUGUUGACGAGGAGAAACGCCUCGAGGAGUUGCUCGGCGCUGACGCCCCAAGCGUCCCCGAUGGUGAUAUAGCUAAGUGGCUAGCGGCACGCAAGGAGAAUUUUCCGACCAGAGCCCGCAUCGCAGCUAAAAAGGAGGCUGGGCUGAUCCCCAAGCCCGAGGCCGACACCAACACGACCAAGGAGGCUGUCACCGUUCAAGUUGAUCCGGUAGAGAAGGAAGCCGAUCGCCUGCGGAAGAGGCUGGCUAAACUUGAUCGCAAGAUAGAGAAGCGUAAGCGAGCGCCUAACGACGAGGGUGAUGAUAUGCGCUCCGAGUCCUCGGACUCGUCAUCUGAUGACGACCAACCCGAAGCGCUCCCCACUAACAAGUCGUCUGCGGGCUUCUUACCCUCUUCCAACGCCCGAGCUGACCCCUCGAACCACUGCAAGUACUACUCUACUGGCGGUACCUGUGGUAAGAAGGGCAAGUGCCGUUUUGUUCACGACCCGGCUGUUCGCGAAGCUGCGCUCCAGGAACGAACUAGGAAUGGUGGGCGCAUGACGUUGAAGCAGCGCCUCCUUCUUAACGACAAGGACCAGGAUGACAUGGAUUUGAUCAAGGAGAUCGUGAAUAUGCGCUCCAAUGGACGUCUGCACGAUCCUCAGAACCCGCACAUUCACGCAGAGCGCCAAGCUAGGGAGCAGGCCGCCAUCGCUGCCGUUUCUACGCUCCCUACCGCCCCUGGCGCCGCCAGCCUACCCCCUAACCCUUACGCACACCUCAAGAACGGGGAUGGUGCUGCCCGGUAUCGCAAGCCUAAGAGGCACAAUGAUUGGUCGUCUGCCGUCAAGUACCAGGGCUGGCCUAAGCUCGUCGGUUACGGAGGGGCAGGCGUGCCACCUAAGCAGAUGUCCCAAUCCUAGUUUUGUUGGGAGAGCGCAAGCUUGACCACUCUUCUCGAAUUCUCUUUCAACACGCAGUGCUGUCGCCGGUCGCAUAGAAGCUCCCAUC